AUGAGGAGGCUUGAUGCGGUGCACUUCUCCAUGCUGCUCGUCGGGGUCUCCUUCGCGUGCUACGCCCCGAGCUUGGAUUCCCUGCAGGAGCAGGCGUACCAAUCGGCCGUGGUGAUCGAGGGCGAGGUCCGCGAACUGCCCGCCAACGCCUCCGCUGAUCUCUAUAGCGUGAACGUCCGCGUCCUGGACGUGUGGCCGAGCAACAGCGGCGGGCUGGAGCGAGAGCAGCUUGUCACCGUGGGCGACUUCGGCUCUGAAGCUCCCUGCGUCGCAGUGGAGAAGGACCACAGAUAUAUAUUUUUCAUGGACCCCACAGAGGAACCACUAGUUUUCAGAGCCUCGUUUGCUCCUCUGGAAACUGUUGAGAAGAAUCUGAAAAAUGAUGUGCAGAGUGUGCUAUGCAAGAACUGCGCUUCAGCUCCAAAAGUGAAGGUCAUGCAUCCUCAGUGGGUCUGGGAGGGGGAGCGGGUGACCCUGAAGUGUGAGGCACAGGGCAACCCGAGCCCGUCCUUUCGCUGGUUCAAAGAUGGCAGCGAACUUCGCAAAAGCAAAGACGUUAAAGUCAAAACCAACAAGAAAACCUCCAAGGUCCAGAUUAGCCGAGUAAGACUAGAGGAUUCUGGGAACUACACAUGCAUGGCAGAGAACUCGCUGGGCAGGGAGAACGCCACCAGCUACAUCAGCGUUCAAAGCAUAACUACCACACUGUCUCCAGGCUCCAGCCUUUCCAGGCAGUGUAACGAGACAGAGAAAGCCUACUGUGUCAAUGGUGGUGACUGUUUUUUCAUACACGGUAUAAACCAGCUGUCCUGCAGGUGUACAAAUGACUAUACUGGUGAUCGCUGUCAAACCUCCGUUAUGGCCAGUUUCUACAAGCAUCUUGGAAUUGAAAUUAUGGAGGCAGAAGAACUGUACCAGAAGCGGGUACUGACAAUAACAGGCAUUUGUGUGGCUCUGCUGGUGGUUGGCAUUGUAUGUGUUAUGGCAUACUGCAAAACCAAGAAACAGAGGCAGAGGAUGCAAAGGCAUCUUCACCAGAACAUGUUUGUAGAGCAGCCCAAUCGUAUGCUUGCCAACGGACCCAACCACCCAGGGCCUGGUCCUGGUUCAGAGGAAAUUCCAAUGGUUGACUAUAUCGCUAAGAAUGCCCCAGCCACUGAGCGAGUAAUAGGACACGGAACAGAGACAUCAGGAAACUUUUCGGGAAGCCGAAUGUCCUCAAGGUCCCACCAUUCCUCUACCGCCACCCACGCUUCCAGUCACCGGCAGGAGGAGAGGACGUGGAGUAUGGAGAGGUCAGACAGUAUGAACUCGGACUGCCACUCAGGGGCGCUCUCCUCUUCAGUAGGUACCAGUAAAUGCAGCAGUCCAGCGUGUAUGGCUCGGCAUGCAGCACACUGUGGCUAUUCCGAGCCCUCACGGCGCCCCCUGCAGUACGGAGACUCCUACGACUCACUGCGGGACUCGCCUCACAGUGACAGGUACGUGUCGGCACUCACCACCCCGGCCCGUCUGUCUCCAGUGGACUUCCACUCCACCUCACUGCCCCAACAGGUGCCUACCUUUCAGAUAACGACUCCCAACACCAGUCAUGCCCUCUCCCUCCCGCCGGCCGUGGGCUCGUACUCACCCGGCGACGAGCAGCCGCUUUUGCGCCGGCCACGGCGUUCCCGAAACCCGUACCACGGCGAGGGUACAGGCUCGCUUCCAUCCAGCCCGUACCGGCUCGUGGAUGACGAGGACUACGAAACCACCCAGGAGUACAUGUCGUCCCGGGAGCGGCCCAAAAAGGGUGGAAGUGGGCGGCGCUGGCACAGGAGGUCGCGUGUAAACGGACACCUUUCCCGAGGGGAGCCUAGAGACUACAGCUCCCAAAGCUGCUUAUCGGACAGCGAGUGGGAGGAAGAGGAUGAGUGUGGGGAGCUGGGGCACGGCGAAAGCACGCCUUUCCUGAGCAUGCAAAACAUGAGCAUAAACACCGAGCCGGCCACCAUAUACCGGCCGAACGACACGCGGACGUACAGCAGCACGGCGCGCGGCGCGUCACGUUCAAACACACAUGCAAACAAACUGUCGCACUCGCGGUCCAAACCAGACAAUGCACCCCUUUAAAAACAGUGACAAGGACAGUUAACAUAUCUAGGAGAGAGAGAGAAAA